CGACAGAAUCUGGCGUUUGGCAUUCUCCAGCAUUAUCGGCUCGUUUGUCACGAAAUAAAGAAUACUUUCGCGAGGGCUCGAAAUGCGGUCUCUUUGCGUGUAUCUUGCCUUAUUGGCAAUCGUAGUGGUCAAUGCCGAUGUCUUCUUGGACGAAAAUUUCACCGAUGAUACUUGGGAAGAAAACUGGGUAUAUUCUGAACACCCAGGAAAAGAAUUUGGAAAAUUCGUGCUCAGCGCUGGAAAGUUCUGGAACGACCCGGAAAAUGACAAAGGUAUCCAAACAUCCCAGGACGCCAGGUUUUAUGCCUUGAGCAAGAAGUUUUCGCCCUUCAGCAACAAGGACAAAAAUCUAGUCGUUCAAUUCACCGUCAAGCAUGAACAGAACAUCGACUGUGGUGGUGGAUACGUCAAAGUUUUCGACUGCUCCCUUGACCAGAAGGACAUGCACGGAGACAGCCCCUAUCUUCUUAUGUUCGGACCUGACAUCUGUGGACCAGGAACAAAGAAGGUGCAUGCCAUCUUUAGCUACAAGGGUAAGAACCUCUUGAUCAACAAAGACAUCAGAUGCAAGGAUGACAUCUACACGCAUUUAUACACUCUCAUCGUUAAGCCCGAUAAUACUUACGAGGUUCUUAUCGACAACGAGAAGGUUGAAUCUGGAGAAUUGGAAGCCGACUGGGACUUCCUUCCCCCCAAGAAAAUCAAAGACCCCAACCAAUCGAAACCCGAAGACUGGGACGACAAGCCAACCAUUCCAGACCCUGAUGACCAAAAACCCGAAGAUUGGGACAAGCCUGAACACAUUCCCGACCCAGAAGCCACCAAGCCCGAAGAUUGGGACGAUGAGAUGGACGGAGAAUGGGAACCUCCCAUGAUAGACAACCCAGACUACAAGGGCGAGUGGAAACCAAAGCAGAUUGACAACCCCAACUACAAGGGACCAUGGGUGCAUCCUGAAAUUGACAACCCUGAAUAUCAACCCGAUCCUGAAAUCUACAAACGAGAUGAAAUCUGCGGAAUUGGAUUCGACCUCUGGCAAGUCAAGGCAGGAACCAUCUUCGACAAUGUUCUCAUCACGGACGACAUCGAGUACGCACGCAAAGUCGGAGAAGAAGUUUGGAAACCUACUUUUGAAGGCGAGAAGAAGAUGAAGGAAGCCCAAGAAGAGGAAGAGAAGAAAGAAAGAGAAAAGGAUGCGAAAGAAAGUGGAGAAGAGAAGGAGGAGGAAGACGAAGAUGAGGAAGAAGAGGAUGAGAAAGAAACUGAAGUUCCUGAAGUAGAGGAACACGAUGAAUUGUAAAUAUGUGGUGCCACAAAUGGCACAAACAGACUGUAUUCCAGGAGCUGCUGCUUAGCCCACGGCACGCGCCAGCGCGUGGUAGGCAUGGAGGAUAACUUGAGGGAAUGUUGCAAGACUGCAAUAGUAGUCUUGGAUCCGCAAUGCGAAAGGAUGCUUACUUUCUACGGUGUACAUUUUAUAUUUAAAAUCUAAGGAACUCGAGAGUCUUCUUCUUGUGCUUUCCCUAAAGAUGAAAGCAUUCGCGACCUCUCGCUUUUCGUGGAUCGAGAAUUAUAGAUCCAAUGUGUCGAACACACAAACAACCCGAACAUUUUAUCCAACAUCUUGCCCGUGUCCCCGCCGUUACAGCAGCUCCAAAAGACUAAGUUGUUCAGUUUUUGUUUGUCAAGUGUUUUUAUAUUAUACAGAAAAAAAAAUUAAAGUGUAAUUUAAUAUCGCUAUAUAUAAAUAUAUUAUAUAUAAUUAUCAUCCAUAUGCAACGUACUCGUAAAUCGAUGGAUGGAUGUGUGAAAACGUGAUUGAGUGAUAAUAAAAUAAUAAUUAUAUUAAACCAUCAAUAACCAUGUAAUAAGUGAAUAAGGUAAGACCUUUUUUUAGAUGUGCACAAGUCUGUCAUUUUCGAGCGUCUCCCAUCGUUUGUAAGGCAAAUUUUGUCCAAGAUUUUCUUCAAACUUAUGUAAUUGUAAAACAAAAUUAGGUCCAUUUGUAAAAUUUUACAAAUUAAAAUGAUUAUAGAAACAUAA